AUGGCACGAUCAUUGUCUCAAACUUCUUCUUCCUCCGAUAUUUCAUCAAGUUCUUGGAAAGCUAGAGCAUUGAAGAGAGCAGAGGAAAGAGCUAAAGAGGCUGGUGUUUCUGUAGAUGCUGUUUUGAAAGAACAUUGGGGAGAUUCAUCAAAGAAUGUUGCUACUGAAUAUGAUAAAAAGACCAUUGAAAAGAUGGCACAAAGAGAAUCACAUCGAAACAAACACUUUGCACUGGAUGGAAAUAUGAGAAAACCAGAAUUUGAUCUUGCUCCUAAUACAAAGAUUUAUGAAAAGUAUAGAAAUGAAUCUAGGAGUGAAUCAUCCAGUGUCAAUAUUUCAAGAUUUGGAAAUACUAAUGAACAAACCUUUAUGAAAUAUGCACUCAUGUCCAAUGAAGAAUUGAAUAGUCUUGCCCAAAGAGCACUCGAUGCUGAAGAUAGAAAAGACAUGAAAUUGUACAGAGAAUUGAGUGAUCAAUUGAAGGAAAUUAGACAAUGCAAAGAAACUUACAAAAAGCAUGGCUCUGCAGCUGCACAAUUGCCUUCAUUUGAUUCACAGGGAAGGAGAAUUGAUGGAGGAGCACAAGGAAGAAAAUACAUUAAUAAUAGAGACGAUUCAUCUCUUCAAGACAUUUAUUUGGAAGCUAAGGAACAUUCAGUUCAAGAUUUUGAUAGAAAUCUUGCAAAUAAUAUUGCAAAAGAUUCAUUGUACAGAUCAUCCAAUAGAAAUGCCUCUGAAUAUGAUGAUCAAUACUCUGAUUUCUUUAAGGGUAAUGGAUCAGAAUCAUUCGAGGUUGGUGACGAUAGAAGAUCAAAGAAGAAACAAAAAACUUUGGAAGAAAAACAAAAAGCAUUCCUUCAAAAGAACAAAAUGUUCGAAUUGAAAAAGCUAAAUAAUGUGGAAAAUUGUGCAUUCUGUGUGGAAAAUAAGAGAUUCAAGAAUCAUCUGGUUAUUGCUACUGGCAGCAAGGCAUACCUUACAAUCUCUCCUUUUGGGUGCCUUACUGAAGGUCACUGCUGUAUAGUACCAAUUCAACAUACGAUUUCCAUAAGAGAAACUGAUGAGGAUGUUUAUGAUGAAAUUAUGAAAUUCAAACUGGCUCUCAAGAAGCUAUUUGUUGAGCAGGGAAGAGAUAUUAUUUUUAUAGAGACUGUAACUCAAUAUUCAAUGAAACACGAGAAGCAUGCCUUCAUUGAGUGCAUACCUGUGAGUGAGCAACAGAUGGAAGUUGCUCCAUCCUACUUUAAGAAUGCAAUUUUAGAACUAGGUAAUACUGCUUAUAAUUUGAGUGCCAGUGAAUGGAGUGACAAUAAGAGAUUUAUUGAAACAAAAGGAAAGGGAAUUCACAGAUCCAUACCUAAAGGUUUCCCUUACUUCCAUGUAGAAUUUGGAGUGAAUGGUGGUUUUGCCCAUCCAAUUUCUGAUGAAGAUUUCAGUUUUGUGUUUGGAAAGGAAGUACUUUGUGGAAUUAUGAAAAAGACACCAAACGAAGCCAAAUUGAGAGCACCAAGAUUUGAGGAAGAAAAGCAAAAUGCACAAAAAUUCUCUCAACAAUACUCAAAAUAUGAUUUCCUUAAACAACAACAAUAA